AUGUCGACAAGGGGCACGUCCGUCAUGUCCUGGGUGGAACGUCCAUUCCCGAUAAAUCCCAAGUUAUAGAAGACGAAGUGGAGCCCACUCGCGGAGGGUUGCUCCAGAGGAAGCAACCACGAUGACAACAAUGGCCAUCUUCCUUCAGGGAAGUCACAGCCCCUCGCCAGGCUCCCUGACUUCCCCGGGACCUCCUCCCAGCCUCCACGCUUUCCCCUGACAUCCGAGAGGCUCGGCUCGACUCGACUUGGUUUAUCCCGCUCUGGCCCGGAGACCCAAGCGGAUUACGGCAGGAAAGGACGCCGCCCCUCUCCUCUUUUGGAACUUUUUUUGGGAGCUCUUGGAUAUGCACCGCUGCUUGCUUUAGGAGCGUUUGCCAUGGAUCACACACUUUUCGGCUGCCUGCGGAACCCCCACGCCCCGGCUCAGGGUCUACACCCGGCCGCCUUCGCCCCGUCCCCACUCACCCUGCACGGACGCUCGGACCACGUCUCCUACCCUGACCUGGCUUCUUCUUCGUCCUCGUCCUCCACGUCCUCGCCGUCCACCUGCAUCAUCUCCAGCUACGCCCCUGAAGACGGGCUGUACCACCCUCACCACCAUCCGCAGCAACACCCGCACCACCCGCACCACCACCGCGGCCACCACUCGGCCCCGCAGAGUCAGCACCACACGCCCGCCGCCUGGCACAUCCCGCAGAUGUCUCCUGGGGGCGGGGGCGCAAGGGCCAGCCUUUGCCACCCGCACUCCCACCUGUCCCACGACGGGGGGCCCACGUCCCAGGACUUGGCUCACGCCGGCGGGCCUGCGAUGGGUGCCACUACGCCCGGCCUGGGUGGCAGCAGCACCCCCACUGGGGCCGCCUCAGAGUUUGGCAGGCCCACGCUGUCACCUGCAGAGGCGGAAAAGAGGAACGGAAAGAGGAAAAGUGACAGCUCAGAAUCGCAGGAUGGCAGUCUGAAGUGCGAGCUGAGCGGCAAACCGCGCAAAGAGAGGACGGCCUUCACCAAGGAGCAGAUCCGAGAGCUGGAGGCCGAGUUCGCCCACCACAACUACCUGACCCGACUACGACGCUACGAGAUCGCCGUCAACCUCGACCUCACCGAGAGACAAGUGAAGGUGUGGUUCCAGAACCGGCGGAUGAAGUGGAAGCGUGUGAAGGGCGGCCAGCAGGGGGCGGCGGCGAGAGAAAAAGAACUGGUCAACGUGAAGAAAGGAACGCUGUUACCUUCUGACUUCUCCGGCAUGGCGGCGUUACGCCACUCCACAGACUCGUUGGCCAAUGACGACAGUCACGACAGCGACCAGAGCGACGAACACCCUCUGUUAUGAUUACAGCCACAUCAUUAAAUGAUGACAAACAACGAGUACAGUGAACCCCCCCGUUUAUCGCACAGGGUUAUGUUCCAUCCCACCUGCGAAGAAUAAAAAUUCACAUCAGCAAUACAAGAUAAAAUAAAAA